AUGAAGUCUACUUUGAAGCUCCUCCUUAUGCUCCUGUCCAUUUUCAUGGUACAGGGGGUACUGGCUGCUGCUGCUGUUGUUGACCCACGGGGUGAAGUCACUUGCCCAUACGCUCAGAAAUGCGACACCAAAUGCUGUCAGCCCGACGAGAAAUGCCAGUAUGGCCAAUGCACUAAGAUUAACACCUGUCCUACAGCUCAGAAGUGUGGAGAUGCCUGUUGCACUACAGCUGAGACAUGCGAAUAUGGUCAGUGCAAGACGAAGCCCGUCUGCUCCAUCGAGAAGACCUGUGGCAAGGCCUGCUGCAAGGAUGAUGAGACUUGCGAGUAUGGACAGUGCAAGAAGAAGCCUACCUGCUCUGUCGAAAAGACCUGCGGCAAAGCUUGUUGCAAGGAUGACGAGACAUGCGAGUACGGCCAAUGCAAGAAGAAGCCCGUUUGUGCCGUCGAGAAGACUUGUGGCAAGGCCUGUUGCAAGGAUGACGAGACAUGCGAAUACGGCCAGUGCAAGAAGAAACCUACUUGCUCUGUCGAGAAGACCUGUGGCAAGACUUGUUGCAAGGACGACGAGAAGUGCGAGUACGGCCAAUGCAACAAGAUUCCUGUGUGUCCUGUCGAAAAGACCUGCGGCAAGGCUUGCUGUAAAUCCGACGAGAAGUGCGAGUACGGCCAAUGUACUAAGAUUCCCGUAUGCCCUGUCGAAAAGACCUGCGGAAAGGCCUGCUGCAAGGCGGAUGAAAAGUGCGAGUACGGAGCAUGCCAAAAGAUCCCUGUGUGCCCUGUCGAGAAGACGUGCGGUAAAGCCUGCUGCAAAUCCGAUGAGAAGUGCGAAUAUGGGGAAUGCAAGACGAUUCCUGUAUGCCCCGUCGAGAAGACAUGUGGCAAGGCUUGCUGCAAGGCCGACGAGAAGUGCGAGUACGGUGAAUGCAAGAAGAUCCCCGUAUGUCCUGUAGAGAAGACCUGUGGAAAGGCUUGUUGCAAGGCCGACGAGAAGUGCGAAUACGGUGAAUGCAAGAAGAUCCCCGUAUGUCCUGUAGAGAAGACCUGCGGAAAGGCUUGCUGCAAAUCAGACGAGAAGUGCGAAUAUGGCGAGUGCAAGAAGAUUCCGGUCUGUCCUGUCGAGAAGACAUGCGGGAAGGCUUGCUGCAAGGCGGACGAGAAGUGUGAGUACGGCGAAUGCAAGAAGAUCCCGGUCUGCCCAGUAGAGAAGACGUGCGGCAAGGCCUGCUGCAAAGCCGACGAGAAGUGCGAAUACGGCGAGUGCAAGAAGAUUCCCGUGUGCCCAGCCGACAAGACCUGUGGAAAGGCUUGUUGUAAGUCCGACGAAAAGUGCGAAUACGGCGAGUGCAAGAAGAUCCCCGUGUGCCCCGUGGAGAAGACGUGCGGCAAGGCCUGCUGCAAAUCGGACGAAAAGUGCGAAUACGGUGCCUGCACGAAGAUCCCCGUCUGCCCGGCCGACAAGACCUGUGGCAAGGCCUGUUGCAAGUCUGACGAAAAAUGCGAAUAUGGCGUCUGCACAAAGAUUCCCGUCUGCCCUACUGACAAGACUUGCGGCAAAGCCUGCUCCGACAAGACCUGCGGAAAGGCCUGCUCCGACAAGACCUGCGGAAAGGCCUGUUGCAAGGCCGACGAGAAGUGUGAGUAUGGUGUCUGCAAGAAGAUUCCUACUUGCCCUACCGAGAAGACUUGCGGCAAAGCCUGCUGCAAGUCGGACGAGAAGUGCGAGUACGGCCAGUGCAAGAAGAUCCCGACCUGUCCCGCCGAAAAGACCUGCGGAAAGGCUUGCUGCAAAUCCGACGAGAAGUGCGAGUAUGGCAUCUGCAAGAAGAUCCCCGUCUGUCCCGUCGAGAAGACGUGCCGGCAAGGCCUGCUGCAAAUCCGACGAGAAGUGCGAGUACGGCCAGUGCAAGAAGAUCCCGACCUGUCCCGCCGAGAAGACGUGCGGUAA